AAUUCAUUGGAAGAAGAAGAAAACUUCCGGUUUGUGUUACCUUAUUUUCGUCCGUAUCCAGUUUAGCUACCGAAUGAAAUACUGUAGCACCGAGGCGAGAAAGUUGUUUUCAGUCACCACUGGUCGAAAAUGGCUGUGGCCAUGAGCUCAACGUGUCCAGGCCUGUACUGUGGCAGGAUGAUGGUUAAUGGAUCAGUGGAGGGAGAAUGUGGUGUGUGUCCUCGUGGAGAGCGGGCCAACCUGCAGAAGGUGUGUGAACGCUGCAACGAGUCCCCCGAGCUCUACGACUGGCUCUAUCUGGGAUUCAUGGCUAUGUUACCUCUGGUGCUGCACUGGUUCUUCAUUGAGUGGUACUCUGGAAAGAAGAGCUCCAGCGCUCUGCUGCAGCACAUCACAGCCAUGCUGGAGUGCAGCGUGUCGGCCGUGGUCACUCUGCUGGUCACGGAGCCCGUGGGCAAGCUCAGUAUCCGGUCCUGUGGAGUCCAGAUGCUGUCAGACUGGUACACCAUGCUCUACAACCCCAGUCCAGACUACAUCAACACCAUACACUGCACCCAGGAGGCCGUCUACCCACUUUACACCAUCGUAUUGAUCUACUAUGCGUUCUGCUUGGUGCUGAUGAUGCUGCUGCGCCCUCUGCUGGUGAAGAAGAUUGCUUGUGGUCUGGGCAAAUCUGACCGCUUCAAGAGCAUCUACGCCGCUCUCUACUUCUUCCCCAUCCUCACUGUGCUGCAGGCGGUGGGCGGAGGCCUGCUCUACUAUGCGUUUCCCUACAUCAUACUGGUCUUGUCUCUGGUCACGCUGGCUGUUUACAUGUCUGCCUCUGAGAUACAGUCUUUUAAGAACCUGAUCGCUAAGAAGAAGCGUCUGGUCGUCUUGUUCAGCCACUGGCUGCUCCACGCGUACGGCAUCAUCUCCAUCUCCCGACUGGACAAGCUGGCGCAGGACCUGCCGCUGCUGGCCCUCGUGCCUGGCCCCGCCCUCUUCUACAUCGCCACGGCAAAGUUCACCGAGCCCAGCCGCAUCCUGUCUGAGGGCGGCAACGGACACUGAGCUGGUUUCAUCAGGAUUUCAACAGAGAUGAGAUUAAACUCACAGCUACAGUCAGAUCUCCUCUGAGUCUGAGGCAGCCAUCAACAGACAGCGGUGUGUUGGUGAUCAGUGGGUUUGAAUGGGAUAUUUAACAUUAAUGAAGUACAUUCACAGUUGAAUUGGACAAUAACUGAUAUCUGCUUUAUAUUAUUUAUCAUGAAUGUGUUUCUGUCACAUGAAAUCUUUAUUUAUAACAGUUUAAUCUAAUCCUCCCAUAGGAGUAAGACGCCAUGAGCAGCAGCUCUUUACCCUGUUUGCACAGUCCAGGCUGAGAGCUGCUCACAUCACCGUUUACAUUUCCACUCAGCAAGGUUGCCGCUAAUGAUCGUUUAUUCAAAGUAAAUCCAUCUUAAUUAUUGUUAAUUAAUUCUCCUAUAUUCCAUAAGAAUAAUUACAAGUUGCCAAACUCAACGGUUUGCAACAGAGCAAAUCUGGAACCAGAAAGUAUUUAAUAUUUAAACUUGAUUAAAGAGUGGAACAAUUAAUUGAUUAUGGAUACAUUUUCAUCUUUAAGUUAAAAUCCUGUUUUUGGAAAAUGAAAUCCUAAAUUCAUUAUUCCCGUCCUCACUGCCUGUCUCAUGUUGAGCUGACAUCAUCAUGACGACAGAUGCCUUUUAGUGUUUUUGUGAAUGUUGUAUAUUUUCUCUAGUAAAUGAAAUGAAGAGUGAUGGUUGCCUGGUUACUCAGAUCACCUCAGGUCGUGGUGUAGAGACUCACGUUUAUAUCAAAGUGACCUCAGCCACAUCCAGGCAGGACACAGUUGGUCCUGUUUUAACACAUGUUGUCGCAGAGCUGAGCGUCCAUCUUUCUCAAAGCAAAGUCCCUGGUAGUUCUGGGGAUUUUCCCAGAAUCCUCAGAGACUCUUGUGAUAAUCUGGAUUAAAGAAAACCAGUUAGUUUAGUUUCUUUAUCUAAAUCAAGACUGUAGCUGGAAAUGACACAUGACCACACUUGAUUUGCACCAAACCAUUUGUUUAAAUGAAUGUUACUUUUUUAUUUUAAAACAUAAUAACGUUCAUCUUUUCUGAGACAGACUUUAAGAGAUGCAGUUGUAGUGUGGUUGUAGGUGUGAGUCUGUUUUUCAAAGGUUCCCUGGAAUUUGUCUUUCCCACCAACACAUGAGACAAACCUGCUACAUUCAAUUUGUCCUAAAGAUAAAAUGUUACACUGAAAUGACUUUUUAUUAAAAUGAAUUGAAAUGAGAGUGCUACAUAACAAUGUGAAAACAGUGAAGGGGUCUGAAGACUUUGCGAAUGAACUUCCCUCCAACCCUUCAAAUGUUUUUUCUGAGUUGAAGCUGCUGAGGUAUUGUACAUGUAUGUGAUUGUAAAUAUAUGAAUAGUUGUAAAUAUGAGUGUAUUCAUGUUCAGUAGGAUUUGCUACAUGCACAACUACGGCUCAUAUUGCAAAGUAAAGUUUCACAACAGUAAUAUUUAAAGUUCAGUGUAGCUUCCUGUAUGAUAUGUGUUUACUGAACCAGUUAGUUUAGUUUGCAUGAGCUAAAACGUCAGGUACCUAUGAGUCAUAUUCACACCUGCUGCCAGGUAGAAACUGUGGUCUCUUGAACACAGAGAUGAGAGCUUGCAGAUGAUUGUCUCUGCAGACGGGAGACAUGUUACUGCCUCAUGCAAAGCCAGCUCCAUCCAGCCUGUUCACAGAAGCUUUUACUUGUUUCUGUGGAUCACCUCGUUAGAGUGAGAACCUAAACAAAGCCUGUUCCACAAGUUCAUGUUCUACAGUCGAGGGAGCUCAGUCCAGAGUGAACCAGCACACUCUGAACCUGACUGUAGGAACAAUGCAUGUUUGUACCUGUGUAAAUACAGUCUGCACUUUGUGGGCGUGAACACACAAAUAAAGUAGAGCCGCCUUGAAAACAUGA